GCGGCGGGGCCGGCCCGCACGGACCGGGGGCACCGGGACGCACCGGCAGCGCCUGCGCCCUCCCGCCCCCGCCCGCCGCUCCCGGAGCGCGGCCGCCGGGAGGAGGAGGCGGCGGCGCGGGGCCUGGGAAUGUGGCGGCGGCGGCGGCGGCUCUGAGCCCUCCCCCUCGGCCCGGCCGCCAUGGAGCCGCGGCGGUGACAGCGCCGUCCCGCAGCGCCCGCCGUGAGCGGGGCCGCCGCCCGCAGACAUGGAUGAACAAGAGGCCUUGAAGUCCAUCAUGAAGGACCUGGUGGCGCUGCAGAUGGGCAGGCGCCACCGCCUGCCCGGGUAUGACACCAUGAAGAAUAAGGACACUGCUCACUCCAACAGACAGAAAAAACACAAUGCCAGCAGUCCCCCCCUCUUGGGCAGCCCUGCAAUAAUGAACCAGUGUGCCUCUGCAGUGGAAGAAAAAAAAAUUCCGAAUGAUGUCAGGAUAAAGUUUGAACAUAAUGGGGAGAGACGGAUUAUUCCGUUUGUCCGUCCCGUGCGCUACGAAGACGUGCAGCAGAAAGUGAAAACAGCCUUUGGGCAGCCCCUGGACCUCCACUACAUGAACAACGAGCUCUCUAUUCCUUUGAAAAACCAAGAUGACCUGGAUAAAGCUGUGGAUCUCUUGGACAGGAGCUCAAAUGUGAAAAGCCUGAGGAUACUGUUGCUGUCCCAGGACAGAAACCAUAGCAGUUCUUCACCCCACUCUGGACUGCCCAAGCAAGUCAGGAUUAAAACUUCCCAAUCUGUAGGGGAUGUGAGCACACCCUACCAACAGCCAGAACCCAGAAGCAGGCAUCUGUCUGUCAGCUCCCAGAACACGGGCCGCAGCUCUCCCCCGCCCGGCUACGUCCCCGAGCGGCAGCAGCGCAUCGCCCGCCAGGGCUCCUACACCAGCAUCCACAGCGAGGGCGAGUUCAUCCCCGAGACCAGCGAGCAGUGCAUGCUGGACCCUCUAAGCAGUGCUGAAAAUUCGGUGUCAGGAAGCUGCCAGUCCUUGGACAGCCCUUCUUUUCGGAAGUCACGGAUGUCAAGGGCACAGAGCUUUCCUGACAACAGGCAGGAGUUCUCAGACCGUGAGAAUCAGAUCUAUGACAAGGCAGGCAAAGGUGGCACUUACCCUCGGCGCUACAACGUCUCCAUGCAGCACAAGGACUACAACGAUGGCCGCAGGACGUUUCCCCGGAUCCGGCGUCACCAAGGGAAUCUCUUCACCCUGGUGCCCUCGAGCCGCUCGCUGAGCACCAACGGGGAGAACCUGGGGCUGGCGCUGCAGUACCUGGAGCCGCGGGGCCGCCUGCGCAGCGCCGACAGCGAGAACGCGCUGGGAGUGCAGGAGAGGAACAUGGCCACCAAGUCUCCCAGUGCUCCCAUGAACUGGCGCCGGGGGAAGCUGCUGGGCCAGGGCGCCUUUGGCCGCGUGUACCUGUGCUACGACGUGGACACGGGCAGAGAGCUGGCGGCCAAGCAGGUCCAGUUUGACCCAGAGAGCCCUGAAACAAGCAAGGAGGUGAGUGCUCUGGAGUGUGAAAUUCAGCUGCUGAAGAAUCUCCAGCACGACCGCAUUGUGCAGUAUUACGGCUGCUUAAGGGAUCGGGCAGAGAAGACCUUGACCAUCUUCAUGGAGUACAUGCCAGGGGGGUCGGUGAAGGACCAGCUGAAGGCGUACGGGGCCCUGACGGAGAACGUGACGCGCAAAUACACGCGGCAGAUCCUCGAGGGCGUCUCGUACCUGCACAGCAACAUGAUCGUGCACAGGGACAUCAAGGGUGCCAAUAUUCUCCGUGACUCUGCUGGGAACGUGAAGCUCGGGGACUUUGGGGCCAGCAAGAGGCUGCAGACAAUCUGCAUGUCGGGGACCGGCAUCCGCUCGGUCACGGGUACCCCGUACUGGAUGAGCCCGGAGGUGAUCAGCGGCGAGGGCUACGGCAGGAAGGCAGACGUGUGGAGCCUGGGCUGCACCGUGGUGGAGAUGCUGACAGAGAAGCCCCCGUGGGCAGAGUACGAGGCCAUGGCAGCCAUCUUCAAAAUCGCCACGCAGCCCACCAACCCGCAGCUGCCCUCCCACAUAUCAGAACAUUGCCGGGACUUCCUAAAGCAGAUCUUUGUGGAAGCCAGGCACAGACCCUCUGCUGAAGAGCUGCUCAGACACCAGUUUGCACAGCUCCAGUACUGAAUUACCUCCCCUGCUCGCAGCUCCUGCCGGGCUCGCCGUGCCCUGUCUUGUCCAGUUGCAACUGCCCCUUGUGGUGCUGCAUCUUCAGAAUGCCAGCUCAGCUAGGCCUAGUCCUUUGGGAAGUUCUGCCAAGGAACUUUGGGUCUGCUCUCGUGCCUGAUUCCCUCUUGUGCUGGAUUAAUGUUCAUCCUGCCGACAGCUGUCCAAGCAGAGCUGCGUUUUUGCCCCAGAUUUUGUUACCUGGCUGUGUGUUUUCUGCAGGAAGGGGAAUCUGACAAGUGUCAUCACUGGUUGAACCAUAGGAGAAACCUGAACCCAUGUGGGAGCUGGAAGAGCUCCACUGUGCCCAAAACAGAAACAUGCACCAGCUCCAGACCAGCUCUGCCUGUGGAGUCCCUGGUUUUUCCUCUCCUGGGGCUCCAGAGGUGUCUCCAGUACCUGAAUCCAGCAAAAAGCCAUGUGCCAUGUCAUGCCCACUAUAGUAUGGUAUAUUUUUCUUCUUGAGUAUUCAGCAUCUGAAGGUGUUCAGAAGAUAUUGAUUCAAAAGUAUGUGAAUAGUGUUAUUUUAUAAUGAACCCAUGGAUUUGGGGCUGGGGGUGAGGGAGUUCUUUCCAGCUAAAUGUCAGGAUAAUCAGACAAGUUUCAGCAGAAUGCAAUCACUCCAGGGCCUGAGGGAAGGGCUCUCCCAUUAACAUUGGAAAAUCUGGAGCUAGGUUUGAUCUGUCCCAGCAUUCAGACAGUGCCACUUUGUGUCAUACCAAACAAAUCUGUGCUCCUGCUUCCUCUCUCUGGGGCUGCUGGGUCCAAACAAAACCCCUCUGGAAGGGAAUUCAGUGGAAUUCAGCUUCCUCCUGCAUCUGUCUCUUUGGCUGGUAACUUUUUACCAUCCUUUUAACCAAAGAUAGUCAGUCUGGUACCCAGGAAAUUACUUCAGAGUUUCUUUGAGCACAUGGAAAAUGGAAAAUUGAGGGUUUCUUGGGGAGAAUUACCUGGACACUUGUGUUGUGCACAGGGAGCUGGAAUCAAGCUCAGCCUUGCUGUGCAUUGUUUGAAUUACAGGUGUGCAAGUGAUCAUUUAAGAGUUCCAUAAAAAUGUUAUGGCCUAACUUAAAUAAGCUUCUGUAGGACACAAGUCAAACAGGGAACCUCAGACAACAUUUAAAAUGGUAACAAAUAUCUAAAAUUACCUGGAGAUCCCCACGCAGGUACCAGCAAAGCAAAUCCAAGUGAUUGUGCACUUGGAACACAGCACAGGUCAGACCUGAUGGCCUCAAAUCCUCUGUGCUGAUUUGGGCACUAAUUUAUCUUUAUUUCACUCAUGAAAGACCAGCAGGUUUUAAGUGCUGGGGAUUCAUGGAGUGAUUCCAAGUUAUCUCUGAGAAAUGAAACUAAGAAAAGCAAAUGUUAAUUAACUAAAAUAUUGCUUUAUAGGGCAACACUGAAGGUGUUCUGCUCUUGUAUUGGAAACCAUAUUAAGGUUCCACACACCUCCACUCUUCUCCCCCAUAAAAAAUUGAAAAUUGCUUCAUAACGCAGUAAAAUUCAGUUUUUAAGUGAAUACUAAUAGCAGGAUAAGGCAAGUUUUAAUGAAACCAAGCUCCUUCAACACAUGAAAAAUACUGUGUUGAAUUAAAAGAGGGGAAAAAAGAACCCUGAAAGCCCCAACCAACCAAAAGUCCUGAAAAGCUUUAACGAUAUGAAAUGUUUUUUCUGUGCCAAACCCAGAGCAAAGUGUAGCCAAUAAAAACUGGUGUUGGUUUCCUUUGCAGGCUCCCUGCACUACUCCAAGGAUGCACUGUCCCACUUGUGGGCACUUAGGGGAUCCCUUUUAUCAAAGCCCUUGUUCCAUAAUUUAUUUAAUUACAGUGAGAGCACUUCAACUGCUCUUUUCCCAACCAGGAACUUGACUCUAAAUUGCCCAAGCCCUUGGCCUGACUUCACUGUUGCCUGAGGGGAGGUGAGGCUGUGACACUGCAGCUCGGAGCUGGGGAGCUUUCCCACCACUCUGCUGGGCCUGUGGCACCAUCCCUGCAGUCUGCAUGACAAAAGGAGGGGAUCAGCACCAGCUCUUCAAGCCUUGCAUCCUAAAUAUACCAAAGAUUGGAGUCUUCAUCCCCUGCCCAUCACCUGCAGGAAUCAGGAGCACCAUGACAUCUGCAUCCCUCUGUCCUUGGCCUGUCCUCACCAAACCCAGACCUUCUCCCUUGGUUUUCCCCACGUGCUGUGAUCUGGGAGAGAGCAGGGCGUGAGGGAAGGGCAGAACUUGUGUCCAAGCACCUCAAUCCUCAGGAGCUGUCGUGGCUUUUACCUCACCCGCAUGCCGGAGGCGCUUCCAGAGCAGAGCAGGAGCAGGAGCAGCCAGGACUGGCGGUGGCUCAGGGCUGUCCCCAGGGCUCAGAGCCCUGCCCUGGGCUGGCUGUGCCCCCUCUGUGCCCAACCCUGUGGCCAGGCUGGCAGGGAGAGGGAGCAGCAGCCCCUGGACACGACAGAGAACACGGGGCCAGCCCGGACUGGCGCGUUCGGCACAGGAACAAGCCAAAGCAUUGCCUGUAUGUUUGGAGAUGCACUUUUAUGAAUGUAGUUUAUAUCGCUCUUUUUUAGCUCUUUUUACAUCAUGUAAACGGUGAUGCCUCAUUUUAUUUUUUUUUUUCUUU